AUCUUCAUGUCUUCCCUAGAUGGUGCUUACAACUGUGAGUGGGAAUCGCAUUCUAUCCGUGACCAAGUUUCAAACCGGCACUUGCACUGAAGAAGGAAUCAUUUGUUUUGAUUGUAAAACUCCAGCCCAAUGCGUGUUUGUGAAUAACGGUUGGCGCCCAAUGCCGUUUGACGAUUGUGAUGCCGAUGAAGGAUAUUUCUGCAAUGUUCACGACGGUGGCUGUUCCCAGCGCGUGGGACCUUGCAACCCGGCUGGCCAAGAUGGUAAUUUUGUGUGCAACACGGUAGGGGUGUUUCCGGAUCCUUUCGAUUGCCAGAUAUACCACAUGUGUUAUCAAAACGGACAGAACUUGGUAGCUAUCAAUAUGGGCUGCGACAACACGGCCUUCUCUCCUGCUACUGGAGACUGCUCUUUACCACGGAAUGAUUCUAUUUGUGCUACCUUGCAAUGGAAUUGUACGCAAGCUGGAGAAAUGAAUGCAUGGCCAGGGAACAACAAUAUAUACUAUCUCUGCGUCGCUGGCGUUAGUAAUGGCAUCCGUGUGUAUUAUCCAGAGCUUUUCCGGUGUAAUGCGAACCAAGUGUUUAGCGGAGGACGCUGUGUGGACAGACAAACGGUUCCGUCGCUUCCUGAAGAUGACGAUUCAUACAUUUGCGAUUCUCCCGGCCUAUUUCCAGACAGCAAUAAUUGCCGGUUCUAUUAUUCCUGCGAUGGAAAUUUAAACUCACAGCAUCUCGAGUGUCCAGCGGGAACUUUUUUCAAACCAGAGACAGUGGAAUGUGUUACAGGAACAUGUUGAAAUAAAUUAAUUUGAUCAAGUUUUGUAUAUAAUGGUACAUUUUGUUCCAUGGUUCCGAGUGAUCUGCAUGCUGUAUAAGAUAGCUGCAAAAGUUCUUUAGUUUCAUUAUAAAAAUAUCAAAGUGCAACCAACAAUUAAU